CAGAAAACAACAACCAUUCCUUCAACAAUAAGCAUCACACACACUCGGAGAUAUUCACAUAUCCUUCCUCCCUCGAAGUAUCUAGCCACUCCCCUCUCCUUCUCCAAUCCCACCCAUCGAAUAUUUAAUCAACGGUUACUUCACAGGUUCUUCAUUCCCCCCUUUUCCACUCUAAAAUUGAUAAAAAAUUUCCAUAAUUUAGAGGCUUUUUUAUUUGUUGUGUAUUAGCCUUCUGGGGUGAGUUUUUAUAGGAUUUACAGCUGUUUAUGUUGUUUCUUUGAGGUUUUAGAUUGUUGGGGUUAAUGGGCUAUGCUUGGUUUGGCUUUUAAGCAAGCAAGUUGCUUUCUUUUUAGUGUAAGAAAGCUCUGCUUUAUUCUGGUCUCUUUUUAAGGUUUUAGAGAAUACUAUUAUUAUAGGCAUUUGUAUAGCUUUCUAUCUAAAAGUUCAGGUAUUGAAUUGAUGUUUAUUUGUGUAAUUAUAAUUACUGCUGUGUAAAUUUUAAGUUGUGUACGAUUCUCUAGGGAUUGAAUUAGGGAAAAUUUAGUUUAGAUUCGAGUUGAAAUUUGUUGGUGGGCUUGCCUAUUUUGAGAACUGGUAAACAUGGCGGAUUCAGUCGCUGCAGCAUCUCUUAUUGGAUAUAGGCCACUGUGUGGGGGAUUGUCUGUCAAGGAUACUUCUUACAGGAGAAAAUCUUUGAGUAGUUGUCGGUGUCCGAUAAAAGAAGCCGUGGGUAAAAGGGUUGUUUAUUCUUCUCCUAUGUUGCCAAGAUUGAAAAUUGAUAGGUUAGUUAAUACCUCAAUUAAGGCUCUGGCAACAGAGCUCACGAAAGAGGUGUAUUCAUACAGGGAGGAAGAGAGAAUACCACGGACUUGGAAUUACCGAGUUGAUACUGGUGUUGAUAGAAAACCAGGUUUGUGGCCACCAGAGAACAGAGCGGAUAAUGCUUUGUUGCAUAACCCCUUGAUUCGACAAGAAAGGAUGGGUUGCAGUUGGCUGGGUGCUAUUUUUGAGUGGGAGGGUGUGAUAAUCGAGGACAAUCCUGAUCUCGAGAGGCAAGCUUGGCUUGCUCUUUCCCGAGAAGAAGGAAAACCCACUCCUCCAGCUUUUAUUUUGAGACGAGUAGAUGGGAUGAAGAAUGAACAAGCGAUUUCUGAAGUCUUGUGUUGGUCGAGAGACCCGCCAGAGAUGAAAAGAAUGGCUACAAGGAAGGAAGAAAUCUACCAAUCUCUUCAAGGUGGGAUAUACAGAUUACGAACUGGCUCAAAGGAGUUUGUGAAUAUUUUGAUGCAUUACAAGAUACCAAUGGCAUUGGUUUCCACACGUCCAAGAAAAACUCUCGAGAGUGCAAUUGGAACCGUCGGGAUUGAAGGGUAUUUCACUGCUAUUGUAGCAGCAGAAGAUGUUCACAGGGGGAAGCCUGAUCCGGAGAUGUUUAUUUAUGCAGCCCAGCUUCUAAACUUUAUACCACAGCGCUGUAUUGUGUUUGGGAACUCUAAUCAAACUGUGGAGGCUGCACACGAUGCUUUUAUGAAGUGUGUUGCUAUUGCUAGUAAGCAUCCCGUGUAUGAGCUUGGUGCUGCAGACUUGGUGGUGAGGAAACUAGAUGAACUUUCAAUUGUUGAUCUGAAGAAUCUUGCUGAUAUUGAAUCGCCAGAAUUUGGGCCUGUUGAGCUAGAGACGGAGCUGGAGCCUGAGGAUGAUAAUGAUCGAUCUACCUCAGCGGGAGUUGAUGAUAUUUUCUGGUAGCUCUUAUGAAUUGUACAGUUUAUUUUGUGCUUUAUCCAAUUCUUGAUGAAAAUAGUUCUAUAGCGCCCCCUCUAGAAUCACUGCAAGCUGGUGAAUCCCUUGCCGUGUAGAAGGGAUAAAAAAAGAUUAAAAGUAGAAAGAGGGAAAUAGAAGAAAAGGUCAAAAAAAGAAGGAAAAAAAAAUGGUGGUCUACAUUGGACUAGAAUUACAUUAUGAUGUAUCACCCGUACAAUGUAUAUAGUUGUGUUUUCAAUAAUUUGUUUGCCGUGCU